UAGUCCCUGAACGCAGCAUGUUUUCAGCUACCAUCGGGCAUUGCGGCCAUAGUCAUGCAAGCUCAGAAAUCAGGAGCUACCGGCUGAAUCAUCAUCAUAACAUUACAGAGAGAAUAACAAAUAUUGAUGCGGAUUUGAAAACACAACAACAAACAGUAUGUGUCAUCGAAUUGAUGAUGUCAUGAAGCUGUGUUGUGAGUUAUCUGCCAAUCAGCAAAUCCAGACCACAGUGAAAGGGUCAGGCAAGGGAGCAGCAGCAGCUGGGGGGCUGGCCUUCGCUGGAGGGUUGGUCGGGGGUCCUCUUGGCAUUGCAGUCGGCGGUGCUGUUGGAGGCCUUCUGGGCUGCUGGCUGACCAGCGGACAAUUCAAACCUCUGCCUCAGAUCAUAAUGGAGCUGAGUCCUCAGCAGCAGCAGAAGCUUUAUGGUGAUCUUAUGGCCAUCCUGGGAGACAUUCAGUGGACAGAUGUGGCCCAGCUAACCGCUCUAGUGAUGGGCAAUGCCACCCUGAAGCAGCAGCUCACAGGCGCUCUACUCGGAUAUAUCACCAAGGAGCUCCAGGCAGAGGUGCACUAUGUGGAUUAGUGUCUGUGGGGGAAAAAACUGUAAUAACCUGACUCCGUGCCCACACGCUCAGGAGGAUGGAGUCCUUAAGAAGACUGUGGAAUGUUUUUAUGAAGCUGGAGAGACUCUUCAUCAAAUGUGAAACCACAUAUUGUAAAAUGGCUCAGACACCAACACAGUCCUGGUAACAGGUUACACUGGUUAAUAUAAGGUAGCACAUGAUUGUGAAUCAAGACAGCUGUAAAAAUUGAUUUAUUUAUUAUUGAAAGUGCACUUAUCAGUUGAAGGAAUUAUCUAUUAUUAAUGAAAGUGAUAAUCAUGUCUGCCUUUUAAAGUUACUCUGAAUUAAGGUCUGAGUGAGUGAGCCAGCUAAAAUGAAAGUUUUCUUUUCUUCUAUUUAAACACAAAGGAUUAUGCUUUGAAUGAGCGCCAACUGUACAGUGUGAAAUAUUUUAAUUUGACGUACAUUCAUGAAGUUGAAGAGUAGAAAUUUACCAGCAUCUGUGUACAGCACAUUGUAUUGCCAUUACCCAAUUAAUUCAAACUCUUAAUUGCUUUAAAUGAUUUCAUCAAUAAAAACAACAACAGUGUGUAUUUAA